UGUGCGUCCUCUACACCCAGGGACCGGACACCAAGCAGUGGCGGGAGUUUGGCCGCACUGAGGUCAUCGACAACUCCUUGAACCCCGACUUCGUGCGCAAGUUCGUGCUCGAUUACUUCUUCGAGGAGAAGCAGAACCUGCGCUUCGACCUGUACGAUGUGGACUCCAAAAGUCCCGACCUCUCCAAGCACGACUUCCUGGGCCAGGCCUUCUGCACGCUGGGCGAAAUCGUGGGCUCGGCCGGCAGCCGCCUGGAGAAGCCUCUGACGAUGGGGAUGGUCACCGCGCACCCCCGCAGCAGGAAGCCAGCUCCCGCCAUGUCCAAUGGGGGUAUCCCGGGAAAGAAGUGCGGCACCAUCAUCCUCUUGGCCGAGGAGCUGGGAAACUGCAGGGACGUGGCCACGCUGCAGUUCUGUGCCAACAAACUGGACAAGAAGGAUUUCUUCGGCAAAUCCGACCCCUUCAUGGUCUUCUACCGCAGCAACGAGGACGGGACCUUCACCAUCUGCCACAAAACGGAGGUGAUGAGGAACACGCUGAACCCCGUCUGGCCGGCCUUCGCCAUCCCGGUGCGCGCCCUCUGCAACGGCGACUACGACCGAGCCAUCAAGGUGGAGGUGUACGACUGGGACCGUGAUGGCAGCCACGACUUCAUUGGCGAGUUCACCACCAGCUACAGGGAGCUGGCGCGGGGGCAGAGCCAGUUCAACGUCUACGAGGUGGUGAACCCCCGGAAGAAGAUGAAGAAGAAGAAGUACCUGAACUCGGGGACGGUGACACUGCUGUCCUUCGCCGUGGAGUCCGACCACACGUUCCUGGACUACAUCCGGGGCGGGACCCAAAUCAACUUCACGGUGGCCAUCGACUUCACGGCGUCCAACGGCAACCCCUCACAGUCCACCUCGCUGCACUACCUGAGCCCCUACCAGCUCAACGCCUACACCAUGGCGCUGAGGGCGGUGGGCGAGAUCAUCCAGGACUACGACAGCGACAAGAUGUUCCCCGCGCUCGGCUUCGGCGCCAAGAUCCCCCCGGACGGACGCGUGUCCCACGAGUUCCCAUUGAACGGCGACGCGGCCAACCCGUCGUGCAGCGGCAUCGAGGGCAUCCUGGAGGCGUACCACCGCAGCCUGCGCAGCGUCCAGCUCUACGGCCCCACCAACUUCGCCCCUGUGGUCAACCACGUGGCCCGCUCGGCCGCGGCCGUGCCGGACGGAUCGCAGUACUUCGUGCUGCUCAUCAUCACCGAUGGGGUCAUCUCGGACAUGGCGCAGACCAAGGAGGCCAUCGUCAAC